AUAUUGGAUAUUUUUUUCAACAGAUGCUGUACUGGACCAAGAUAUUUUCUCUGCAGACCAUAAAUAUCUUUCCAAUUGUUCAUCAGUAUUUAGUAGAGGAAUAAGAAUAAGGACAUGGGCAGUCGCAGUUUACAAGAGAGACACUCAUUUUUGAAAGAUGAUGAGUGAAGCGGUGAGGCGAAGAUGCAGCAUGAUCGCAGCCCACUUUGCGUCCAUCGAUGAUUUUCCAUCUUCUCCUCUCCUCCUUCCCUUGAAUUGCAGUAGCAGUUUGAGCUCUGCCUCUGUGAUUCCAAGGAGGUGUGACAACAGAAUGUAUUUUGCGCGUCAAGGGUCUUGUUCUCAGGCUUCUUUCAUGAGGCAGCAGCAGCAGCAGGUGUCCAGUGAAGAGGGCAAUUCAGCUGGGUCUGAAGCACCCUUCUUCUCUAGGCCUGCCAGGACCGAACCAAACACUUCAACUGCAGCAGCGCUUCUUGAGUCUGUGAAAAGAGAUGAUUGUGACCUUCCUAAUUUUGCCAGACCAAAUAGAAUGAGUAGUGGAAGGACAACCCACCUUCCUACCCAUAACAGGAUAAUGAAUUCUUCUGAAUACAAUGCAAUUGAGGGGUCUCCGAGGAGGAUGGAUGUGAUGGAAACUGCAAGCCAUUAUCUUCUGACUGUUGAAUGUCCAGGUGCCAGCAUCCAUGACAUCAGAGUGGAGGUCAAUGACCAAAAUCUGGUUGUAAAGGGUAACCGGUCAACCUCAUACUGGAAAGUGGCAUGGUAUUUGACAGAUUCAAUCUCUAGAUACCGCAUAAGAGAUAUCCCACAUGGACCUUUCCAGCUAGUGUGGCCACUUCCGGCUGCUGUGAACAAGGACAAUGUCUCGGCCCAGUUUAUGUAAGUGAUGGACAUAAAGCAAGAAGAAGAUAAACUACUUUGUGCAUUACCAGUUGAUUCAAUGUCUGUUAGGAAGUAAUGAAGCUAAUGUAGUAUUUGCAGAACAUAUGUGUGGUGGUAUUGUGUUCCUUAUCAGGUUAUUUAUACGGACUCUGUUUUGUUUUUUGU